CUUCUCAUCAGAGUUGGAUAGCUCAAAGUUCAACAGUUGUAGUUAAAAAAUGUCAAUUAAGAGCACCAUUAUUCUGUUGGCCUUUGUGGGAGCGAUUGCAGCCCUACCACAAUAUCAUCAUCAUGAGGAGGAACACCAUGGACCAGUGCACUACGAAUUCCACUAUGACAUCCAUGAUGAUCACACCGGAGAUGUUCAUGGACGCAAGGAAUCCCGUAAGGAUCAUCAGACCCAGGGCGAAUACUACCUGAUCGAUGCCGAUGGUUACAAGCGCACUGUCACCUACCAGGUCGAUGGCAAGAGUGGAUUCGUUGCUCAGGUUCACCGGGAACCAAUCAAGGGAUACCAGCAGCCUCAGCAGCAUCAUCAAGUACACAAAGUUGUUGCUGCUCCAGUUCAUCAUCAUAACUAUCACUACUAGCGACCAAAAAGUAAUUUAG